CCAGACUUUUCAAAGAAUAUACAACUAACACCUGCAAGAGACUAAGAGCAAGUGCGGCGCAGGAGUAAGAAAGUGAUGGGCUUUUGAAUUGGGUUAAGUGUAUUUCAAAAUUUUCAAAUCAUUUUAAUCACUUAUUUUAUCCUCAUAAAAAUUAGUCCCAUUUUUAUCAACUCUAAACUCGAGAGUAUUUUUUUUAUCAUCAAAACAGACCUCUAUUCAUAUCAAAAGAUUCAGGAUCAUUACAUCAAGCAAAGGGAAAAUAAAACUGACACCAACCGAAACUCCAACAACUACGACUGUAACCCUAUGGUGAGACUUUGAGACGGUCACCCCUGAAAGAGCAACACGAAUCACUAACCAUGUAGUGGGCUUGACACAGCCAAACCUGUUCCCAUAGAUCCAACCAUACCCAAUGACAUAAAGAGAGGCUAAAAACUCAAACAAAUUGUCAAAACCAACCACAAAGAUGAACACAAGAAAACAAAUGACAAACAGAAAAAAUUACUGAGAAAACUUUCACGGACUAUAGCACCUCAUACAACCCAUGGUGGUGGUUCACGCGAAGGUCGGACCGUCGCUCGAUUGAUACACUCUUUCAGUGGAGUACCCGCCGUAUGACCCAAAUCCAUGAGAUUGAAUGGAGCGUUCAGCCUCUAUACGCUAACCAUGUCCCGAUCAUCCCUACGUCACUCUCUCGCUUCUUCCACAAUCUUCUCGCUACCACGAUCAUCCAUCCCGAGCUACGUCCAAACCGCGGCAAUCUGGAAUAGUGUUGCGUCGAUGGAAAGAAACGCCGCACCAGGGCGGCGAAGAAAAAAUCCCACGCGAGAGAUCUCGCUAGGGAAACACUGACCAAACUCGAGAGUAUUAUUUCGGCCAUUCUUUCUUAAAAAGUCAUGUCUAAAAAAAUAUUAUUUAUGAAAUAAAAUACUACCUCUGUCCCCGAGGGGCGACGAGAGAUAUGGGGGAAAUCAGCGCUAGCGCCGAUAUGUGUGCAACCACUUCAAUCGUAGACCAGAAGCGGCUACCCUUCAUCUCUUUUGGGUCAUUCAUAUUUCCCCUUAGCGAAUCAAGCAACACCAUCUCAAUUGGAGUCCCUACUGACCAAUGACAAGGAUCGUUAACAGAUCUGCUCUCAACAUAGAUAAAGGCUAGAAUCCGACGACGAAGGUACGACGCAGAUUCAUGUUCAGUGAUGACAGGCAGCAUCAGCGUGCAUCCAGAUGGGCUCAGAGGAGGCAGCUAGUUUUCAGAGGUGGCAAUAGAAUGAUUGGGUGUGGCCGUGAAGGUACUGGCAGAGCUCGACGGAAGAUUAAUCUCCUGCGAACAGCCAGCACUUGGCUUCCAUAUGCUCGACGAAAGUGGCAAAGAACAGCUGGUUAAGGAUCUUGGUCAAAAUUGAAGAAUGGCAGUCUCAAUCUCAUGAAGGAACGAGAAGACACGGUUGACACGCAAAGGGCAUUCUCUAAGUAUCAUUCAGCUCCCUUUCUACAACCAGCAGAUGGAUUUCAAAUUACCAUGGAAAGCAAAGCAUUUUGUUUCUAUAUUAUUGAUUGCAAUAUUGUGCGUAUAACCGAAACAAAAUAUGGGAUUUCAAGAUCAUCGUCUGUUGAGCUUGAUAUUGAAAGCAUCAUUUGGCUAAGGGAUUCCAUUACAAACUUCUUUGUGAUAACUAGUCAUGCAACAAAUUUGAGCUAAAGAAUUCAUUAUCUUUAUUUCAUGAUGCCACUUUAUUUGGCGGUUUCUUCCGGAUCAUUGAGAAGGGUGGUGAGAAAUUAUUUAUUCCUCAGGGAAAGAAUGGAAUAGGGACUAAAAUUUUUCUAUCAGGGAUUACUAGGGCUCUUACAAUGUUGAAAGAAGUUGAAGCCAAACAGCCACCUUUACUACUUAAACAGGUUUUAGGAACAAAUGCUAAUUUUGAAUGAGAGCUUGUCAACUUGGAUAUGGAUCCCUCUACUAAAGAAUUUUCUAUUUCUGGAACUCUUUUACUAGUCGAUGUUGAACAAUCUGACCAAGCUGUGGUGUUGAGUUCUUUCGAGGAUUUUCCCGACACAGACUCGUCAUUAACUCAUAUUAAAGAUUUCUUUCAAAUUACUAUGACUCAAGGGGUAGACUCACUUUCUCAUUUUUUAAUCGAACAAUUUGAAAGAAUCAUUGCCUCUUCUUUCGGUAAACCUGUUGAUGAAGUGAAAGCUACUGAUUGUACACCGACAUAUUUUUUGAGGAAUGUUUCUUCAAGCAAUCAAAAGGGACUUUUUCAGGAGGGGAAAAUUACUAGGCGAAACAUUCUAGAGGUCAACUAUUAUAAAAGUUAUCAACACUCUGAAGGUACUGAUUGUGAGGAAGCUUAUAACGAUAUGUUCUUUCCGGGGAUUGAUUAUUUUGGUCAUACUGAAAAUGAGAAGAGAGUACCUAUAUUGACGGUAGCAAAUCUAUGGGACUCUGAUGGAAAUCGGGAAAUUUGCCAAAAAACUGUUUGCCUUCAGAUAAUUUGAACACUCAAAAGCACAUGAAGAAUAAUCGAGGAUCAUAUCAUAUGAGGACUAGAUCACAAACUCGCGAGAAACCUUGAUCUCAAAGGGCUAAGGGUUAAAAGUUGAGGGGGAUUUAUAAUGUACUGUGGGUGGGGAUAUUUGCAUUCUUGUUUUUUUUUUGUUUAUUUCCUUUUUCGUUCAUCUUAUCUUGUACCCGUACUUUUUAUUUCAUCAAUAAAAUCUCUUUUUUUUAAAAAAAUACUACCUCCAUCCCAUUUUUAUGUGGUUGAAAAACAUUUUACGAAAGAGAUGGGCG